AUGAAAAGGUGAAUCGAAUUCCGACCAAUAAAAAAAGGCUAAUUGGUAGUUAUGACGCGUGUUGUUUUUGACCAAUGGCAGUACGCACAGGGAAUACUGCUCAUUUGCAUAAGACAGCUAUAAAUAUGUGGUACGCGUCUACUUCUUCUUAAACAGCCUUUCCGGUGUUGGUAACGUUGCUCGUUAGAGUCUGUGAGAGGCGCUCGUUUGCUGCGAUGCCUGAGCCGGCCAAGUCCGCCCCCGCGCCCAAGAAGGGCUCCAAGAAGGCCGUCACUAAGACGCAGAAGAAGGGCGACAAGAAGCGUAAGAAGAGCCGCAAGGAGAGCUACUCGAUCUACGUGUACAAGGUGCUGAAGCAGGUGCACCCCGACACGGGCAUCUCGUCCAAGGCCAUGGGCAUCAUGAACUCCUUCGUCAACGACAUCUUCGAGCGCAUCGCGGGCGAGGCCUCGCGCCUGGCGCACUACAACAAGCGCUCCACCAUCACCUCGCGGGAGAUCCAGACGGCCGUGCGGCUGCUGCUGCCCGGCGAGCUGGCCAAGCACGCCGUCUCCGAGGGCACCAAGGCUGUCACCAAGUACACCAGCUCCAAGUAGAGUGUCUCGCAUCAUCUGUUUUAACUCAAAGGCUCUUUUAAG